AGCACUUUGUUUCAGUUGUUUGUUUUUAAAGUGCUUUAUAAAUAAAAUUAGAUUUGAUAUGUGCAGAAACAUAAAUGUAAGGUGAUUGUUUUCUACAGUUGUAGUAGACUGGAAUAUUUGACUGAUGAUAAUUCUAAUAGUUUUUUGCUGUGUAAUGAAGUUAUUAAUAAAUUAAUCAGUGAAGUCUUCAAACCACCAGUGACUAAAACAGUGACAGAGUUGGAUAAAAGUUUCUGGGAAUGUAGGUUAUGACCACGUGAAGAAAUUAUUGGAUUAUUGAAGAUUAUUUAUUAAAUGACCGUGGUUUGCACACACACGCACACACUCUGUGAAUACAUAUACAACAAAAUGUUGUAUGCAGUUUCCAUCUGUGCUGUUUGACACUUGGGAAAACUGAUGAAUCACGUGUUUUUCUCAAAGCUGUUGUGCCGAGUCAUCGGUGCAGCUGGCAUUCGCUGAUGUCUAUCUGUGCAGGCUGAGCAGGUUGCAUGGCAGGAGAUGUCACGUCACUGUCGUGUUUCUGAAUACCUGUGCGCGUCUGUACUUAUUUGGAUCUUUUCUGGCAUAAACACGGGCCAUGUCAGGGCCAGUAGUCCUCAUGGAGACCAGAACCUAGUCUUGGAUGAGGCAGAACCUCAUCUAGGAGGAACUGGUUUAGAGAUAAGGCUUUGGUUUGGCUGUCCAAAUGAGCAAAAGGCAACGUUCUUACAAACUUGUGUGUGUGUGUGUGUGUGUGGUAAGGUCAGGGUAGGUGCACUCAUUGUAUCUGUUGCCAUGACGAGUCAAACCUUUGUGUGCCGUGGCUCUGUCUUACACCUGCUGGGUGCAAGCUCCACCUCUCAUUGCUGAUUGGCUGACUCGACAAUAAGAAUCCAAACACUUAAAGUAGGAUGAACCUGUCUCUGUAUCUCACCUGUCACUUACUGUUUUACAGCCACUGAAAGAACCACACAUGCACACACGCUGUUUUAGUGUGAGUUUGGAGACAAGCAUCAGGAUCAUCAAGGUACAGACACUGCACUGAAUGCACGAAAGUGUGUGUGAAUGAGUUGUUUUUGUCCAUUUUUCAUCAUGAGUCUCAAAGGCAGGAGAUUUUCCCUGGACAGCUCAAUGUGAGUAUGAAUAUCUUUUUUGUGUAGUUGAAAUUAGAUGUGCAAGUUUUUGGCUGCUGGUUUUCGAAAGUGAAAUUCGUACAUUAGAUAUGCUGUAGCUGCUGUCACCCAGUCCAUCUGAGGAGGAUCAGGUUUUGCUUUCACUCAAACUGACACUGACAGAGUAAUGUGGCUGGAUUCACAAACAAUUUGCCUAUUUACUGGUCGGACGACAGCUGAUGCUACACAUGGUCUUUGUGCUGAUGCAUUAUGUAAGAGAUUCUCUGUGUAUUCAUGAUCAUUCAUUCAUACAUUCAUCUGUGUGGAAAAUCAACAUUCUCCUGAUGCUAACUAUAGAAACAAGGGUAAUCAAGUGUUUUCCCCAAGUAUGCAGUUUUUUUUAUAUCCACUUUGUGAAUCCACAAUUAAAAUCCAACACUGACGGUCCCAUCAGAAAGAUCUCACUGACUUAUUUUGAAUUUUCACAUGAUUUCUUUGCUCUAUGUUUUGUCCAUGGCUUUCUCACCACGGCUGUAUCAUUAAAAAGCCGUGUGCCGACAUUUAUCUCCUGCUCUACAGCAGCCUGGAUGGAGUUGGAGUCUUUGGUCUACGGAGAGGCAGCAGCAGCAGCAGCAGCAGCAAGAAAUCGAGGCCAAGCAAGAGUCUGGACGAGUCCCGACUGAAGAUCCACGACUUUAAUCAAAACCUCAGCUCCAACAUGACUCUCAGGGAUCAGACCAUCGCAGAGGAGAACCUUGACCAAGCACAAGAACUUAACAGUCAUAGCUUCCAGAAACACAAUAAGAGCUUCCACAAGCUGUUCCAAGAAAUUUCUGAGGGGGAGAACCUGACAGACAUGUUCACCUGUGCCUUGCAGAAGGAGGUGUUGUAUCACGGGAAACUCUACAUUUCUGAGAACCAUGCAUGUUUCCAUUCCUCCGUGCUGCUCAAGGACACCAAGGUGGUGAUUCCCGCGUCCAGCGUCACAGGGGUGAAGAAACAUAGCUCGGCUUUGUCAAUGUUGUCCAUCCAAACUGCUGAUGGAGACAAAUUCACGUUCGUGUCUUUGAGGAACCGUGAAAUUUGCUACAAGCUCCUCCAAAGUGUCUGCUCGUAUGUACAGCAGGCGACUCCAGGCGGCAGCCCUCACCUCUCCUCUGCAGACAAUGAAGCUGAUCUGGAUGCGGUCUCCAGUUAUUCCAGUCUGGAGGACAGCAUAGAUCACAAUCUGAGGAGACAACACUGCUUUGAUCUUGGUGACUUUCCUCAGAUUUCCAGUGAGAGUCCCACAAGAUGCAGUUCCGCUCAUCAAAGCAUCUUAACAGGUGAAGACGACCAAGCUUUGUCAUGGAUCUGGAAGCUCACGGAGAAGUUUUUCUCAUUCUUCCUUCUCCGAGAAAUAAGGAAUCUCAGCGUUCUCUUUUAUAUCUACAUUAUGUUGAUUGCGUUGCUGUUGCUGGUGUCUGGAUACAUUGGGCUGAGGAUCAUUUUGCUGCAGGAGCAGCUGAAUUCCUUGGGAGCCCUGACUGAGUUGUCUUUGCACCACAAAGAAUACCAAGAAACCUAGCCUGUGGCAAGGGAAUUGUGACAGAGAAGUGUUUCCAGGAAAUCAUGCAGUGUACCGCUCUAUUCAAAUCCUAUUCUGAGCCCUGUCUAGACAGGAUCCCAAAAGCACCAUAACACUGAGUCCCUGUCCAUUUGACAAACAGUUUCAUCGGUUGAUGGUGUUUUCCACGCUUAAGUUCCCUCACAGUAAAUGUUAAACUCCUGCAAAAGUGCCAUGUCAUGCAGGACACUAUUUUGUUGGACAUGCACUGAUUUUCUGCUGACAGUUUAAAACAAAGGGGUGCAGCCGUCCUGUUCUGAGCCAUAUGGAGUCAUCCUGCUGAAGCCAUGUUUAUUUCCUGGCCAGUGAACAGCUGAGCUCAGCAAGCAAACACGGCUGGAGACUUUGUCAUGUCAUGGUUUUGGAUCAGCACAACCUCCAGCAGCGAGUGUACACGGCAAACAAGAUGGCGAGAGAUGCACUGUGUACAUCGAUUUGAAGUAAAUUAUAUAUUUUAUAACUUAAAGGGUUCACUCUUUAUUCUUUUAGGAGUCUGCUGUUAAUAAGACAAGGGAGCAAUGGCGACAAUUGGCCAGCAGAGGGCAGUCACUUCCAUAAAACUUGGUUGGUAACGUGUUACACACCCAGGAUUUCACUUUUACUGCUAUUAUCAUAUGACUGGAGAAUCUGUUCCAUAUUUCAAUUGAUUUGGAGGCAUUCAAACGUUUUUUUUCCCAACUGCAAUAAAGUAUUUAUGAUACUAUAACGAGAUAA